UUUCCGUUAAUAAUGUUGUCAAAGCGUUCCGAUGCGUUGAUAAGCGCUUUCGUUUUGACGCUCUAUUAUGUGGGCGUGGCCGAUGGGAAUAACGCAUCAGACUUUGUGACAAUGGGCGAUCUGCGGAGGAGUAGGCGUGGCCAGUCGCAUUUCUCGCGUCCCGGUGGCAUGAUAAUGGAGGGCAUUGGGAUCCAGUACAGCAUGCGAUAUCAGCCGGGCUUCCAGCUCCACAAACUGGCCCAGCAGCAGGCGGAGGAUGGCGGAGCGGGCGGUAUGGAAAAUCCACCGGCCACGGAAGCCCCAAUGCCCAUGCCCACUCCCGGGACACCUCCACCUGAACCACCUCCCCCAGAACCGGAGGAACCAGAGCCCACGAUACCCAUGCGUCCGACAACCAUUCCAGUGGAGGAACCUUCAGCUCUACCACCAACGAUGAUGAUGCCCACUCCGCCAGGGAUGCAGCCCAGUCCCAAACCCAAGCCCACUGGAAAGCCCUCGAUGAGUCAGCCAGUGCCGACGUCACCAUCCAGCACCAAGAGCUCCAUAAUGCAGCCCCAUCAGACCCUGAAGAACAUCCUCUUCGGUUCGCCCAUCGAGGCGAAUCUCAUCCUGAAAAAACCCAAUGCUCCGCGCUCGAAGGGCAAGGGCUUCCUCAGUCUGUUCGAGGUGAUCAAAUUCCCCAACACGAAGUGCAGCGUGUCCAUGGGCGACAUCCGGAGCAUGGAGGGCGUCUGCUACCACGAGUUCGAGUGCAAGAGCCUCGGCGGGAUUCCCACCGAGAGCUGUGCCGAGGGCGUGGGCGUCUGCUGUGUGUUCGUCAAUGGAUGUGGCGAUGUCACCAGCCAGCAGAUCCUCUACUUCGAGAGCCCCAACUAUCCAAAUGCGGUGCGGGAGAUGAUGAUCUGCGUCCUAAUCAUCAAUGUGAAGAAGGGAGUGCAGCAACUGAGACUGGAUUUUCAGAUGUUCGAGCUAAGUCGCCCCAGCAAUGGUAACUGUGUAGACGAUCAAUUUAUAGUCUCCGGCCACAAUACCAAUUUCCAGAUACCCAUUCUGUGUGGCAUCAACACUGGCCAGCAUAUUUAUAUCCAUGUUGGUGACUCGAACGAGGGCAAAGUGUAUCUAUCGGUCUUUAUGAAGGUCUCGGGAGGAGGACGUUCCUUCAAUAUAAAAGUCACCCAGGUGGACGACGAUCUGGCUCCCAAUAAUUGCCUGCAAUAUUUCCCCGAGGCUGAGGGCAUAAUAAAGUCAUUCAACUAUGAUACAGAUGGCUCCAUUGUGGAUAACCGAGAGGCUACUUACUUUAACAAUUUAAACUACGCCAUAUGCCUAUCCCGAUUGAAAAACGUGUGCAGUGUGGCAUAUAAUACCGAACAACUUGGAGGUGAUCAACCCGACUUUCAAAUCAUCAACAAAGAUGAAGCCGAGAACGAUUUGAUCUCCGAUGGCCAGGCGGGAGCUGGCAUCUUCAACUGUCCGGACGACUUCAUAGCAAUCAACUCCGUUCCCCUUUGCGGGGAGCGUUUUAACGAUGGCCGGGAAAGCGACGACUACACCAUCCAUGCCACUGUCAGGGAUACCGCUGCAGGUCCCAUCAUCCUGCCCUUCCGAACCGAUGGCGAGUAUGUGGGUCGCGGCUUUCGACUGCUCUACAGGCAGGAACUGUGUGCCUGAGAGCCCACUGCGAUGUGCAUGUCGAUCACUGGUUCACAAGAUGCAUAUGUUCCGCAGUCUCUGGAUCUGACUUGAAUGUUCCGUUGUUUGGCCUAGUGCACAGUGGGAAAACUUAUUUACUUCCUAACUUCAGGGAGAGUAUACUACUUGCUUGAUCGGAUAGAUUCAGUUCCCUUUCGAAAUAUAAAAAAAAGGUUUUAUAUUAUAUAUACAAGAAAGUGUACGUCAUAGAUUGGAAUCUAUGAUUGAUUAGAGUGUUAAGUAACUGCGGUGAAGCAUAACAAAAUCAUAACAAUAAUAAAUAUAAAUUUUGGAUAUGAUCUGUGUACCUAGAACAGUCUGAUCGCUUUCAGAUUAAAGAGUUUUCGAAAUCA